AUGAGUGCUACGACUGCUGCUGCCGCCACUAGAGGAAACUCAAUGAUCCUCCCCUCCAUGCUCCCCACCACCACCGCAACCACCGGCACCCUCUCCCAACUCCAACAAAAACAAUCCGCCUACGGCCGCUCUAACUCGUCCCAGGACUCGGAAAGUUUCAACUCUAGGGCUGCCGCGUCGACGUUGUCUUCGACCGUCUCUUCCACAACUUCGGCAACUGUCGCUCAGCCUGCUCAGAAAAAAAUGGCAGGACUCCAGUUCUCCUGGGUUCACUUCUUGGCCGGAGGAACUGGAGGAAUGGCUGGUGCUCUUGUCACCUCGCCUCUGGAUGUGGUCAAGACUCGCCUCCAGUCCUCCCUUUAUCAAUCGUCCAAAAAUGUGUCUGCGGCUGUCCUUCCCCGGUCAGGAAUCGCCUCUGUCGCUGGUCACAUCAAGGACACCUGCCUCCUACUUGGUCACAUCUACUCCAAGGAAGGUCCACGAGCUCUUUACAAAGGAUUGGGACCCAACCUGGUCGGUGUCAUUCCCGCAAGGGCUAUCAACUUUGCGACAUAUGGAAACGGCAAAAAGUUCUACACUGACCUGAACGGAGGCAAGGAGACGGCACUUGUCCACCUUUCUUCCGCGGCGACUGCUGGAGUUGUGACCGCCACCGUGACCAACCCUAUCUGGCUAGUCAAGACCAGGAUGCAGCUUCAGGUAGAGGGCGUCAGACAGUACAAGAACAGCUUUGACUGUAUGGUCAAGAUUAUCAGAUCCGAGGGCAUCCGUGGAAUGUACCGAGGAUUGAGCGCUUCCUACUUGGGUGUCGCCGAGGGGACUAUUCAGUGGGUGAUCUACGAACAGCUCAAGACGACCUUGGCCGAGAGGCGCAAGUUGAACAACUCGACCAAGGGAUACGCUGUGGGCGGAAAGGAUAUCGAAGAGUGGGCUCACUUCAUUGGAGCAGCUGGAACAGCCAAAUUCAUUGCUUCGGCCAUCACAUAUCCCCACGAGGUGCUCAGGACACGACUUCGCCAGGUCCCCGUUGGAAACCAGCCCGUCAAGUACACAGGACUUAAGCAGACCUUCCAACUGGUCCUCAAGGAGGAGGGCGUUGCAGCUCUGUACGGUGGACUGACGGCUCACAUGAUGCGUGUCGUCCCCAACGCUGCCAUCAUGUUCUUCUGCUACGAGGCCAUUAUGCACCACUUCUCAUAA